AUGAAUAAUAAUUAUGAAUAUCAUCGAAUUCCAUCAGUAGAAAUGGAGGAACAAAUCAAUAAUUAUGAUAAUAAUAAUAAUAAUACAGAUGAACAUUUAUUAUUAUCAAGUUCUACACUUAAAGAAAAUGAUGAUCUAUUCCCAAUUCCAUUAGAUGCAAUUGAUACUAUUCAACAAUCAAAAAAUUCGGUAUCAUUUGAUCUAACAUUUUGUAAUCGAUUCCUUCACAUUUGUCGUAUACUAUUUUCACCUUUAAAUCCUUACGGAAAUCUGAUUUCGAUAUUGUUCAGUUUCUUCAUUAUAAGUUUAGCAUUUGAAGUGGUGGUUUAUUUCGUGGGUACUAUCCCAAGUAGAUUUUAUACAGUAUUAAUUGGUCAAGAUUUUGAAGGAUUUAAAUAUGAAUUAAUUUGGGGAAUGGGAUUCGUGUUAAGUGCGGGAUUGGUGAAUCAACGUAUUGCUCAAGAUAUUGAUAAAUUCGCUACCAAAUUAAGAGAGAUCGCCGAAGAAGUUUUAGUUUCACCAAUAAUUAUAGCUUAUUAUACUUAUCAAACUUGGAAAUUAUGUGGAUAUUUAGGACCCUUGAUGAUUUACUCAUAUUUCUUCAUUAGUUUCAUAUCAAGUCGAUUCUUAAUUUCACCCAUAGUGAAUUUGGUUUUUAUGAAAGAAUUUUAUGAAGGAAAUUAUAGAUUCCUUCAUAUCCGAAUUCGACAAUUUUCUGAAUCGAUUGCUUUCGGUUUGGCAAUAUUAAGUUAUAUUAUGAUCGCUAUACCAAUAUUUACGGGGGUAUACGAUAAUAUUGAAAAGGAAAAAUUAGAUUUAGCUGGAUACACAUCACGUAUAGGACAAUUAUUGGAAGCAUUAGAAGAAAUAAAUAUGGAACUUGAAAAUGUUGAUAUUGAUAAUCCAUUUAAUGAUCCACCGAGACCACCAAGUUCCGAAUUAUCAAUAAUUUUUGAUCAAGUAACCAUCAUGACACCAUCCGGAAACAAAUUAUUAUCAGAAUUCAAAUUUAUGAUUGAACAAGAAAAUAAUGUAAUGAUAAUAGGUCCUAAUGGUAGUGGAAAAUCUUCAAUAUUAAGAGUGAUGUGUGGAUUAUGGUCUACACCCAAAGGACAUGUUAUAAAACCAUAUUCAUUAUCCAAUCAACAACGAAUUUUAAUAUAUUUACCUCAAACUCCUUAUUUGGUAUUUGGUUCUUUAAGAGAUCAAUUAUCUUAUCCUAUGAUAAAUGAUGAAAAAAAUCAAUAUGUUACCGAUGAAGAAGUUGAUAAUUUAUUAUCUUUAGUAAAUUUGUCUCAUGUGAAAUCUUUAGUAAGAAAUUAUGAUGAACAAUAUGGUUCGGAUUGGGAUAAAAUGUUAAGUCCUGGUGAAAUACAGAGAUUAUCAUUCGCUAGAUUAUUUUAUUGGAAACCCACAUUUGCUGCACUAGAUGAAUCCACCAGUUCACUAGACGCAGCCACCGAAUCAAAUUUCUUUGAGAAAUAUGGGAAAGGACAUUAUGCCACAAGUGAUAUUGAUAUCAAUGGUACCGAAAAUAUUGAACGUUGGAUUGAUGGAAUAUUG